UUUUCUGCCGUUUUCGUGCUUUUUCAUUUACCAAUAUUGUAGUUUUUUGUGGUCAUCUUUGUAUUAUCUUUAGUGGGCGAAUAAAUAUUCAAUUUUUACGAUCUCUUGUGUAAUAUUUUUACUAUAUUGUUAAUGCGUUUCCAUGAUUGUGCGCCAAGAUUACUUUUUUGGUUGUUUUGUAGUAAUUUAACUUGGAAAUCUUGUGUUUUUGUUUACUAAUAUUGUCAAUUUUUUUGUGUAUUUUGUGUUUUUUUUAUAUUUUAUUUGUGAUCUUUGAGUUCACAGUUUGGUGGGUGAAUAUUAGAAUUAUGUUUUUCAGAAUUUAAAGUAAGAUUCUUGGUUAUAUGGUUAAUGAUUAUCCCUGAUUGUGCCCCAAGAAUUUAAAGUAAGAAUUUAGUACUUCAAUGGUUCAACUCGAAACACGAAAGAGAAAUAGAUUUUAUACAUGAAUCUAGGCGGCCUUUCUUAUUUUUUAAGCGCUUAGUGAUUAAUCAUGAUGGUGACAAGCUGCCUAGCACCUAAGUGCGCUAGGUGGGGACUUUUAUAACACUAGCUAUGGUGCUGUUAAUCUUUUUCUGGCUGGGCUUAGACGUAUCUGGGUCAUUUUCUAGUCUAUUUGUAUCCUUGUGAAUAAAGCUUCUGCUGUUAUGAAUUCACUGUAAGAUUUUUGGUUGUAUUGUUGAUGGGGUAUCCACGAUUCUGCACCAAGAUUACGUUUUUUAAGUACUUUAACUCCAUAACACAGAAUGAAUAGAUGUCAUACGUUAAUUAGUAGAAAGAAUGAUGGGUUUGAUAUGGUACUAAUAAUCUCCUGUUUUUCAGAUAUGCCUGGGGUUUCUGGAACCAAUGAAAGUGACAACAGUGGUGAUAGCAAGGAUGCCAAAUCCUCUUCAUCAGUUUCAGUUACAAGGGGCAAUGUGAAGGUACGUGAAUACGAUCCAAGACAGGAUUUGAGGGCUCUUGGACAGUGGAUUUGCUCUAACCAGGAUCCACCCAAGUAUUUUGAAAAUGUUGAUUACAUACAGUCAAUUGGCGUGUUUAACCAGCUGUUUAAGCCUACUUUCAAUGAGGUUGAAAGUGAAUGCAUGGAAGAAUAUGAGAGAAUGAAAGUGGAAACUAAGAAAGUAUUAAGAAACUUUGAUGGACAGAUUAGCCUCUCUGUGGACGUACUCACGGACAACAAUGACUUUGGGCAGUGCAGCAAUAACUUGGGACAACACUACAGUGAUUAUUUGUGCAUUUCCGCGCAUUUUAUUGAUGAGAAAUGGAAGUUGCGAAAGUGGGUUCUUUACUUCUGUACUCUUUCGGUUUCGGGCCAGUCUGAUGAUUUACUUAAAAAAUGUGAAGAUCGGGGCAUAUUUAGGUCGCUGGAAGAUUGGGGCAUUGAGAACAAGAUAUUCACACUCACUAUGGGUAAUGAUAAGUUCUGUAAUGAGGUGGCUGGGUAUGUGAAAAGGUACAUCCAGGUACAGAAGGAACUCCGACGUAAUAGUCAGCUGUUUCGUGUGUAUUGUUGUGGGGAUCUGUUCCGUGAAAUGGUGCAGGAUGCAUUUGACAAGAUUGAAGAUAUCGUUCACAAGGUCCGUCGAGUGUAUACUUUUACAACUGAUUACCCCAUGUGGUUUCUCAAAAUGGCCAAUCUACAAGAAGCUCUGAAAUUGUGGUCUAUUGGAAAACUCUCUUCCAAGGAUGUGAUUGACUCUCACGACGUACCAUCCCCAGAGGAAUGGAACAAAGUUGAAGGUGUUUGUAAAGCUGUAGAGAGCAUACAUGAAGUAUCAGGAGCAUUAUUUGAACCAGAAAUACAAGUAACUGCUAAUGUUUAUCUUUAUCACCUUCAUGAGCUUCGUGAAAUGUUGACCCGAAUGUCCAUUGGCUCAGAGGGUUUUAAUAGGUCAAUAGUUGAGGGCAUGUUGGGAAAGGUUGACGAGUACUGGGAUCACAUGUUCUUGCUGUUGGCAAUAUCUGCAGCACUGGAUCCUCGAUUCAAGAUGAGAUAUAUUGAAUUUGUUUGUUCAAAAGUUGAGGGUAGGGACGGAAACUCACAAGUUCCAGCUGUUUUGGAUGCCAUUCGCAAACAGUUUGAUGAAUACGUGAUCCGUUUUCCUGAAAAAAGGAACCGUGCGAGUUAUUCACAUUCAGAAGGGCAGUCCGAUCCUCUUGUACGUGCCAAUCAUACUUUCACUGUGUUGCAAGACUACCAGCAGUUUAUCCAAUCGAAUCAUCACCCUGCAAAAAUAUCAGAAUUGGAUAUAUAUUUGGACCAACCUGUCUUGCCUUGGAGUCAGGAUUUUAAUCCAUUGGCUUGGUGGAGAAGUGCAGCACCUAAGUACCCCACCCUUUCUCGGAUGGCACGUGAUUUUCUGGCCAUUCCAGUUUCUCUUUCGACUUGUGGCGAGGCAUACUACACUUUAUCAAGGCCAGCUGAUGAACAUAUGAUUUGCUUGAAGCCGGACUUGAUGAAUGCCUUAAUGUGUGCUCGAAGCUGGGCUUAUAGGCGCUGAAGAACAUUAGCAGGUGCGUUUUUUGGGUUUUUUGCCGCCUCAUUUUUGGAAGGCCAGAGAGAAUCAAUUUAGCUAAGCAUUUGACGUGGACAUCAAGUACGUACUUUUAAAGUUUGAACUCCAUUUGACACCGGCGGAGAUUGAAAACCGAUCAUUGUUGCAUUAGAACUGUUUUUUGAACAGUCGUUACUGGAUGCCUCCACGUCUUGAGAUGCUUUGAUAUUAGGAUGCUGAAAAUUGGCCCCUCUCCCUGUGUAUUUUGCAGUUCCGAUUUCAGGGCGGAGUUUGCUGCUUAAUAUCAUGCUUUAUGAACGUAAAUCUGAAGCAAGUAGUUACCUUGUUCUUUCUAAACA